CUGAUCCAGCCACUUUGAAUCAAACAACGAGAGCGAUCUGAACAUGGUUUCAAAAGCGCAAAGGCCGAAGCGAAAGCGCAACGCCAACAUCAACGCCCAGUCCGAGAAUGAAUAUCCAGCGACCAACCGCGAUCAAACAACAUCGAAGCGGAAGCGCAACGUCAAAAUCCCGCCCGAUAACGAAUGUCCGACGACCUACCACGACCAAAUCGACCUCGCCAUUGACUGGGGAACAUGGAAAUUUGUUGUCGCUUACGUGCUGUCUCGGGACGGUGUGCGAAAUGCUCCCGCGCCGCUCAUGAUCAACGAACAAACAUACGAAGUGCGCAUGAUGGCGACGUGGAUAGAUGGCCGCUUCGUUCACGGGCACGAGCUGCAGAACGAGGCGACCAUGAAAAGUGAUCUGAAAAUCAUCGACUUCCCCAAACUUCCCCUCUACCAAGGACCUGAAACAUCAGAUAUCACGAAACGCGUCAUGGACACUCUGGCCGAACUGCCUGGAAACAAAACUCUGGAUCUUCUCAUUCAAGAACAUCUGCGCGCCAUCGUUGAAGAUGCCAAGUCGGCUCUUCGAAAGACAGAUCUCAAGGUUCACUACAGAGAUGACCCAAAGCAACUCGAAGAGCUACUGAAUAACAUGCAUGUCCGAAUCACCAUUCCGCAAAUGUGGACACCGGACGCAAAGAGGCGGAUGCAGACCGCGGCGAAGAACGCCGGCCUGCGCGUAUCUGUUCUUUCGUACGAACCACAAUGUGCUCUUGCAUACUUGAUCGACGCUGCUGCUAAACAAAUAGUACGAGUAGGGCAACUUUAUGAAGGUGACAGCAUCCUUGUUGCCGACCUUGGCUGUGGGACUGGCGACUUCGUUCUGUACGAGCUGCAAAGCAAACUCGGUGUUGACAGCCGGCUUCAGUGCAUGAGACAAUCCAGCGGUGAGAUCUGCGGUUCCUUUAAGGUCGAUGAAGCACUAUUGAGAAUUUUGAAGCUUCGGCGCACUGAAUGGUACGAAAAUACCAGGCGUCAACUCAAUAUUGAGCCUCGCGAAUUCGAGCGGAGGGUCCUGAUUGCGAUCGAGGAGGCAAAGCAGAAAUUCAGCAGAAACGACCAGAAUCACACGACUUGCACAAUUGAAGGCAUCGGAGGUGAAUACAAGACCUUCCAGUUCAAGAGGACGGAAUUUCACGAGGCGUUCGAUGAAGUAAUCGCGAAAAUUAUCGAACAGAUCGAAAAGACUGCAUGGGGGGAGCGGCCUACAGUCAUCCAAGUCACGGGUGGGUUUUCGAAAUGUCGAUACUUGAUGGAAGCACUGCGCAAUCGCUUUGAGCCAGACAGCCUCGUGGUGCGACCGAAUGAGACAGACACGGCCGACUGUUUUCCCGUGGCUCUGGGUGCAUUGCUCCGCUACGAAAACAUCACGAUGCCGGCGUUGCCCUCAAAAUAUGGAUACGCACUACUGCAGCGCCAGCCAUUUCACGAGGACGUGCACACAGACGCAUAUGUGGACGAAGAAGGCUGGCAAGGGGAGCUCGAGAGGAUUCCUAUGCCAUGGUUGGAGAGAGAGCCGUAUGGUCGUGACUUCGACGUAGUUGAUCAUCGUAUUGUCAACAUCAUAAGCAAGGAUCAGAUACUGCGGCCGAACCAAGUGGUAAGGCACCGCAGGGAACAACUAUACACCGUUCCCUGCGAUGAUCCACGCUUGACUGACGAGCUUUGCUACCUCACGACGACCGUCAAAGACGAUGAGUGGGCCAAGACUGAGGAGACCGAUGACAAUGGCGAAUUCAUGUGGAGGCCGGGAGUUCAUUUUUGGACCUCUGUGAACGUUCCACUUGACCGCAGACGGCUCGACGGCAAAGGCUUUGAGGAGAUCGAGGAAAACGGGAAGAAGUUUUGGGAACUGUUGGUACGAGUUACACUUCGAUACUGCGAAAUCGAUGUCAAGAUCGGGUACGAGAUAUUGAAACCAGCAGGCUGGGUAGAGUGUAAUGCCGGUGUGAAGGACGAAGAGGGUUUGCCUGAAGAUAUGGCAUUCCGGGCCAGGGAGACUUUGUGGGAGGCAUCCCAUUCCGACUUUGUCUCGUAG